GCCAUAAUCAUGAAGUUUCUGAUAGUACUGGCUAGUGUCACUGCAUUAUGUGCUGGUGGCGCCAUUCCUAUCGUACCCGGAGAUAACAGUAACUAUAUGGAGGGUGAAAGCCGCUACAUCUGGAUGCCAGAUGGUGAUGGCAAACCUCAUUUAGUGGACUUACAUGAACCCGCUGAUGAGGAAGCCGUCGCAAGAAACGGCGCUAACAAUCAAUAUUGGCUGUUUACUAGACAGAAUCCAAAUAAUGCCCAGAUUAUUGUAAACGGUAACGCAAACUCCAUUCGAAACUCCAACUACCGCGCAAAUCGUGGCUUGAAGGUGAUCGUUCACGGAUGGAACAGCAACGGAAACUCCGCCAUGAAUCCCCUCAUCACAUCUGCAUUCCUCGCAGUUCAAGAUGUUAAUGUCAUCGUGGUUGACUGGCGCUCCCUAGCCAAUUCCAACUACAUAACUGCUAGUAACGGAGUACCUGGCAUUGGUCAACAUCUUGGAAACUUCUUGGUUUGGCUCAUCAAUACUGGCGGUGGAAACUGGAACAACGUACAUUUGGUCGGCUUCAGUUUGGGCGCUCAUGUCGUAGGAAACGCUGGUCGUCAGGCUGGAGGCCGUCCAGCUCGUGUCACAGGCUUGGACCCAGCUGGACCCAGAUGGGGAGGAAACUCCAAUGCUCUAAACAGAAACGCUGGUCAGUAUGUCGAAGCUAUCCACACUGAUGGUGGUCGCCUUGGCAUCUUCGAUCGGAUUGCUGAUGGUGAUUUUUACCCCAAUGGCGGUAGGAGUCCUCAACCAGGCUGCUCGAACAGCGAUUGCUCCCACGGCAGAGCUCCUGACCUCUUCGCAUCUAGUGUUCGAACCAAUCACUUUGUCGGCAGGCAAUGUUCCAAUAUCCAACAAGCUCAAAACAAUCAGUGCUCUGGUAGUGCUCUAAAUAUGGGCAACGCAGUUAUUUCCAAACGAGGAAGUGGAAUCUUUGGCCUACGCACUGGAUCCAGAUGGCCUUUCUAAAGAAUUCAACGGAUGAAGAAUUGGAUGCUGGCAUUCAAGAUCCAAUUGACAAUUUUGAUAUCUAAUAAAAUAUAGCCAUCCAAGUACUCC